AAUAAGUAUAUAUACAUUCCAUUUUUUGUAAUUGGCAAUCGACGUGACCUGGUGACAAGCGCCUCUACAUUGCGUUGACCUAUCUGUGGGAGACCGACAACCUGAGACUGUUUAUGCUGCAGCGGGCCUCGUGCCCUGGCAGCACACUUUGACAGGGCAGGAGCCCACAUACUGCGCCCUCGUGCGCAACUGAACGCGGAAGUCGGUUUCGGGCCCUUCAACCAGCCCAGCCGCUUCUUGCUGUAUAUUUCUACAAACAUGUGUUAGGACUUGCCAGCAAAAGGCCUUGCGGCCGCAACGGUUUCCACGCCUCGUCGUCUUUCCACACAACACCAAUUGUUUUUAGAACCGUGCAUCAUGAGGAAGUCAGUCGGCAGGGCACUUGCAGACCUGUCUCUGGAGGACGAGGACAGCUAUUGGGAGGAGGAUGAGGCCUACGAAGGCUACGAUGGCUACGAAGGGGCUUCAACGCCCGUGCCCGAACUGCCUCGCGAGGUUGACGAUGAUACCACCUGCGUGGAUAGCAAUUGCGAGGUUUGCGCGAUCUGCCUCAACGCAAUUGAGCCCGUGGAUCUUGCCAUCAUUAAGGGCUGCGAGCACGAGUACUGCGUGAACUGCAUCCUGCAGUGGGCCCUGUGCAAGGAGGCCCCCUGGUGCCCCCAAUGCAAGAAGCCAUUUAACUAUCUAUACUGCCAUCGCCUUCUGGACGGCAACCUCAGCGAUAUCCCCGUUGAGGAGAGCGUGUGCCUCCUGAAGCGGGCCUCCUGGUUCGUCGAGCACGUCAAGACGCUGGAGAAGGGCAAGGCCGUGUCGGCUGCCAUGGCUGCCGAGGAGAUACCGCCCGAGUGGACUGACCCUUACCAGUACUAUGACGAUGAGGACGACGGUUAUGACGAGGAUGAACAGAUCGAGAAAUACUACUUCUCGAGCGCGGCAGGUCGUGCUCGUGUCGUCCUGGGGAACCGCCGACUGGGCGAGAACGGCUACAUGCGCGCCGGUCGCAUGUACGCGCGCCCAGCGAAUAACAACAACGGCAACCAGGCCAGCAGCAGUGGCGGCAUUGGCAAGGCGGGUAAGGGCCGCACGCCGGGCGCCAAGGCGGGUGGCAGCGAUGCUGCAGGCGCAAAUGGAUCCGGAGCGGCAGGCGCCAGCAGCGGUGGCAGCGCGGCGGGUCCCUCCACCUCCUCCGUCGGUGCCGGCGAGGGCUCGUCGCACGCUGGCAAGGGUCAGGGUCGCAGGGCCAAGCGCAACGCCCGCCGUGCCGCAGCUGACCUGGACUUUGAGCUGUGAGGUGGCAACAUGCUUGCCAAUCUCGUGGCAUUCAUUCUACGGGAUGCCAGAUAACAGCAUGCUAGGGUUUGGUUUUGUUUUUUGCACCCCGCUGCGAUCAGCGGUGGUUGCUGUCCUGUUGCUUCAUGGAAUAUGGUUGAUUUCCUAGCUAGCGCAUGUCUAGGAGCGUAUUGCACUGCGGGGGGGGCUCCUGCUCGGCGGCUGUCAACAGCAGUCGUACGAAGGGGCCAAGUGUACAGUAUCGGAUGCAUUGUUGCCAUCUUGCCACAAGCGUGGACAGCUGCGGUUCUAGUCAGCAGGGGGUUUAAGACACUUUAAUUUUAGGUAGGAAGCGCAAGGGCAGG